UUUCAUGUCAUUUUUCAUGUAAUAUUUUCACAAUUGAAACAAUUUCCAAUGAAAAUUUAACAAAGAAAUGCAUAAAAAUCGCCUCGGUGGUAUUAUGUAGACUAGCGUGAUGAAAUUAGACGCUUUGGUGUUAUUAUCUAGACAUGUAAUUUUUGAGGUUAUGUUACUUCACAAAUGGAAUUUAAUUUGUGUAAUUGGUACCGUUUAUGCCGUAUUAGUAGGUACAUGGAAAUAUUGAUUUUGAAGUUCUUACUUUACAAAGUCAAAUUCAUCAAUGUCGAGCCACUUUAGACGUCACCACAAACCACUGCAAUAUUUUAAUUGUGGAACCUCCGACAUUGAAAGCUACCACUGCAAGGACUGUGAUUUCCACACAAAAAUAACUCUUCUGUUCAAAAACCACCAAAAACAACACCACCAAGUUUCACCAAAUGAACACUACACAAUUAAGGGUUAUAUUUGUGAAAAGUGUUCAUUUGAGACACAUUUCUGGUUGAAAUGGGUGCAACACAAAACUCUUUGUUUUGUGACCACUGAAAACACUAAUUCCGGAAGAUAUAACUGUGACCAAUGUGGAAACGCAUACGCACGAAAACACUCUUUAAAAAACCACAAAAAUUUAAAACACUUGAAAAACGACUUGUGGUAUCACUGCAUAACUUGUUCGUACAAAACCAUCGAACAAUACAAAUUAAAACACCACGUAAACGCGUCACACUUGAAUGAACGUGAUGUUAACUGGUUUGUGUGUGAAAAGUGCCCAUACAGAGCCAAACGUAAGCCAAAUUUAAUUUCCCACAUAAACACCCACCAUAUGGACGAAAAAAACAUUAAAUGGUAUGAAUGCAAAGACUGCCCAUAUAAAACCAAAAAGGGUUGUAAUUUAAAAAGCCACAUUAAUGUGCACCAUUUAAACGAAGCAGACGUUAAAUGGUACGAAUGCAAAAAGUGUCCAUAUAAAACUAAAUAUAAAAUAGCUUUGAAUAAUCACACGGUUGCGCGCCAUCUAGACGAACACGAUGUUAAAUGGCACGAAUGUAACGUGUGUCCGUACAAAACUAAAUUCAAAGGUAAUUUGAGGGGUCACACAAUUACGCACCAUUUAAACGAGCAAGAAAUUACGUGGUAUAAAUGCCAAAAGUGUUCAUACCAAGCUAAACACAAGUCGUCGUUGAACGAUCACAUGAUCGCGCAGCAUUGGAACGGGCAGGAGUUUAAAUGGCACGAGUGCCAAGAAUGCCCGUUCAAGACCAAGAGAAAGAUUAAUUUGAGAUACCACAUGAAUAACUGCCAUUCAAACGGUGACUAUGUUAAAUGGUAUGAAUGUAAAAAGUGCCCGUAUAAAAGUAAGUGGAAUUCUGAUUUGAAGCGGCACGUGGAUGGGCAGCAUUUGGAUAAAAAGGACGUUAAAAAGUAUAAAUGCCAACUGUGUUCGUAUAGGUGUAAGCAAAAAGAGUCUUUAAGUAAGCACACGAUUAGGCGCCAUUCGGGUAAAGAUGAUGGAGGGGAUGUUGUGUGGUUUGAGUGUGGUUGGUGUGCUUACAAGGCGAAGAGGAAAUAUAAUUUGAAAAUGCAUGUAAAUUCGAGGCAUUCAGGUGAAAACAGUGUUAAAUAAAAAAAAAAUA